AGUUUCCCCUCUGUCGCGACAGAGAGACUGAUCGCGACUUCUUAAUCCGUAUUCUAUGAACGAAACCAGCACCAUCUGCAGCGGUAGGGAGCAUCAACGAACUAAUUGCUGCGCUUUAAAUCGUGGGAUUCGCCGUCAGUCUCCCUUCGCGGUUUUGUUUUUACUCGCUCGAGACGCUUUUUCUGUAAAAUAAAAUAGAAUACGGGGAGAAUAAGUGCGCGCGAUGAGUACGCAGACCUCCUCCGUGAAGCUGAAAGAGCUGCGCCUGCCGAUCUCGAGGGUGAAGACGAUCAUGAAGAGCUCGCCCAGCGUCGAUACCGUCGGGCAGGACGGCUUGUAUCUGGUUACAAAAGCCACGGAGCUUUUCAUACAUUACUUAACGGAGGAGGCGCACAUGCAGAGCAACAAGGGAUCCUCUCUGGAUUACAAACACCUGGCGGAGGUGGUGCAGACCAACGACACGCUGGAGUUUCUGCGCGAGAUAAUGCCGCGGAAGAUCACGGUCCGGCAGUUCAAGGAGAUGAUGGCGGCGAGGGAGGCGUCCAACAGCAGCAGCUCCUCCGAGAGCAGCUCAGACUCGGACAGCGACAGCGACUCCGACACGGACUCCUGUUCGGACAGCGACGAGACGAAGGGCGACAACGGGAACUCAUCCGGCAGCGAGCGGGAGAGCGAGACCAAGGAGAACGGCGCCUCUCAUUCGGACAGUGAGAAAAGUGAGAUCAGUGUGAAAAGUGACAGUGAGGAGAAUAAGAGAUGAGAACUCGUAGGAUUUUUCUCUCCGCUUCCGACAGACUCCGAUUUAUUUAAUAAACCUUCGAUUUAUCAUGUCCCUUUUCUUUAGAAAGUUUCGCAGAUCUGUGUGAGGUAUCUAAUGUGU